AUGGAGAAGAGAGGGGAGAAGAAGAAGCCACCUACAGAGGAGGAGAUGUUAAAGAUCCUGGCUGGAGCUGACAAGAAGGACUACGGGAGGAUCUGUGCUGAGUAUGGCUUCAGCGACAUCAGAGGCAUUCUCGAGAAGUUCAAAGAGAUGAAGAAGACAGUGGAGGUGGAGAUGGUGCGUGUCUUGAAGCCCCUGGAAGACAUCUCCGCCAAAGCUGACAUCGUGUUGGACACUGUCUUGGAACUGAAGGAUCCAAACAUCAGGAUGCGGUGUUUUUUGGUAAAGGAAAAGGGGGGAAAAAGAGAUGAAAAGUCUGAUGUCCCUCUGUCUGAGGAUGGUCUGACCUACACCUUAAAGAUUAAGGAUGUGAAAGCCACUGACACUGGAAACUAUACAAUCAGCACUGGAGACCUCACUGCCACCUUGCUACUUUUUAUUGAACGCUUUCCCAUCAAGUUUACCAGCCAUUUGAAGAAUGUCUGCGUGCAUGAGAGAAGCACAGCCCGCCUGGAGUGUGAGAUGAGCUCCAAGGACGUGCACAUUCACUGGCUGAAGGAUGGGUGUGAUAUCACAGCAAGCGGGCGCUACAUCUUCAUGCGUGAGGGGAAAAGGGCUGAGGUUAUUAUAGAAGCGUGUCAGCUGGCAGAUGAGGGAGAGUACUCUGUUGUCUGCACUCAGGAGAACGAUACAUACGAAUAUGUCACGUCUGCUAAAGUCACUGUGGAUGAGUGUUUUGCCUCACUGAAGAGUGCUAUGUCAGAUGUUCAGUGUUCUACAGGCUCCCCUGCAGAGCUGAGUGUUGUUCUUGAUGAUGAGAAGGUGGAUGGAGUAUGGCUGAAGGAUGGGGUGGAGUUUUCGAAGCUGAAUGGAGUUCAGCUGGUAAAACAGGGAGCUGUGCACAAACUAAUCUUCUCUGGUGUGAAUGAGUCCCAUGAGAGCAAGUACACAUUCAGAGCUAAAGGGGCAGAAAGUGAGGCUGUGCUCAGUAUUGCAGACCCUCCAGAAAUUGAUUCCUCUCCACUGGACUUGUUGGGGGCUCAGCCUGUGACUGUAAAGGCAGGCCACACAGCCACCAUUAACAUCCUCUUCAAAGGCAAACCAGAUCCUAAGCUUACCAGGUAUAAAGAUGGUGUGAAGGUUAUGGAGGAUGAGAGGACCAAGGUGGAGCGGACAGAUAAUAGCACCUCAUUGGUGCUGAGCAGGUGGAUUAAAAUAAACAGUAUUAGUGGGACAUUUAUGCGUUGUCUCAAGAGCGACUGUGGUGCUGCUGUUGCUGACGUGCAACUCAUUGUGAUUGACCGCCCAAAGCCCCCUCAAGGGAAAGUUGAGUUACUUGAACUGUCAGAGAAGUGUAUCAAGAUGAAACGGAAGGCUCGGAGGGACAACGGGGGUAAGCAGGACCAGUUUGUGAUCGAUCGCUGUAUGGUAGGCAAGAGGUCCUGGAACAGGGUUGGAUAAUUGGAUAGUAGCAUUAAUGCCUUCAUUGAUGACAAAGUGGAGGAGGGCCAUGCAUACUAGCAUUGCAUCACAGCCAUCAAUGGAAAGGGAAUGAGUGACCCUCUGGAGACAGAGGAGGUCCGUGGUGGAGAGCCCAUAGAGCCUCCAGGUACAGCAUCACAGCCUCAGGUGUCUAAUUUAACAAAGAACACCGUGACAGUGAGUUGGAGUCCUCCAGCCAGUGAUGGAGGAGCCUCAGUUCACGGCUACAUCUGUGAACUGAGGAGAAAGAAAGAAUCCAACUUCAUGGUGUAUGGAUUGGUGGAAGAUAUGGAGUAUGUGACCAGUGUAAACAGGGCUGGUGCAGGCACUCCCAGCAACAUUUCUAAUCCCAUGCUGGCUAAAAAUCCAGCACCAGCUCCUGGCCUAGUGAGGAACCUGGGUGUGUCUGAUUCCACAAACUCCUCCAUUUCUCUAAAGUGGACUCCUCCAUGCCCAUCAGGAGAUGCUGAGACGUGGAGGAAAGCCACUAAGAUCCCCGUCUCCUAUACUGCCUUCACAGUGGUGGGACUUCAGGAGCGGAUGAAGUACCACUUUCGUGUCCAAGCUGUCAAUGAAAAAGGGGUGGGGGAGCCCACUGAGCUAGCAGAAGGUGUAUUGGCCAUAAUAGUGUGGUUUUCCAGGCUGGAAAGGAAAUUUGCCUUGACUUCAGCUUCAGUGUAAGACUUCAUCAGUGAAAUAAAGUGGCUAAUAUUUAACAGUUGUCUUUCUCUUCAGGAGUAUGUAAUAACUGUACCUCAAAACACAAACCACAAAAAUCCAGUCAGACAUACUUAUAUCCAAGAUGGCAUUCUCAGCACAGGAAGACAGGUCAUCACAAACACCAAGAAUCACUCCCAGUCAUUCAUUUCUUCAACUCAGCGACUUGACUCUGGCAUUGUUCUCCUGAAGAAUAACUAUGGAGAGGCUCACUAUGAAGUCCAUGUCAAGGUUAUAGAUGUUCCCCAGCCGCCAAAGAACCUCCAGUUGGUGGAGGAGAUCCCGGACACAGUGACUCUGCAAUGGGAUCACACCCCUGACCUGGCUGAUGAGGAUCAGGCAACACAUUGUACAGCUUCCUGGUUUACUGUAACCGAGUGUGUUUUCAUUAGCAAGUACACUGUUACUGGACUGCUUCCAGGAAGGAAGUACUAUUUUAGGGUCACUGCACAGAAUUCAGUUGGUGACAGGGAUCCCUUAGAUUCAAAGCAACCUUUCGUCAUCGCCAAGGUGACAGAGAGCAUCAGCAGCCUUCAGGGGAAGGAAUAUGCAUUACCUCAAAGUCAUGUUAAACUUACUUUCCUGCUGCCCCUGAAGGACCAAGCCGUUCUCAGAGGACAUGACUGCACCAUGAGCUGUGCCUAACAGGGGCUGCCAACUCCACAGGCUUGCUGGUAUCAAGGGGAAUCCAUGAUCUCUGAUUCCACUCGCUUUUGGCACCGCACAGUUAAUGGAGUGUGCACUCUAGUCAUCCCCACUUGUGGAGCUCAAGACAAUGUAGAAUACACUCUGGUGCUGGAAAACCCUCUGGGGAUGGUCAAGUGUGCCUGUAACCUAGUGGUGUAUGAUAAAGAUGACAAGGGUCUGCUGGAGAGCUGCCUGGCUAAUCAGAAAAACAAAGAGAAGCUUAUUUUGUAA